GGGUGAGAGGAAGUCGUGUGUAGUUUCAUAAUACUUGCAAGCACCAUGAAGGUGACACGUGUUUCUGCUUUCGAAAUUUAUAAAGCAUUGUCAGCCGAAAAUCCUUCGCAGAACCAGGAAAAAGAUGCCCCAAACGUAAAAAGGGAAGAAAAUGGUUUACAUGUUUCUAAGAAAAGCAGGAGGACAAAGAGGAAACACAAUAAGAUCAAAGUCCUAAAAGUGCUCCCAAAAGAUGUGCUGAGCGAAAUGAAGUCUGCAAAGCAGGAAGGUGUUCACAAGCCCAACAUUGGUGUCAAAGAGGUGUUGAAUUGCAGUGGGACAGAAAGGACAGAUGGCAGGCACCACAAGGGGAAGAUCUUAAAAGAGAAGAAAGCUAAAGUGGAGCAGGAUGCUGCUGAGACUGUCACAUCAUUGCCAACAAAAUUGCCAGGAAGCGCAAAGCCUUUGGUUGGACCAGCACUCGAGACAGUGUUUGAAGAACUGGGAAAGAUUCAGAACAGUAAAGAGAGGGCUGCCAAGCUCUUUCAGUGGUUCAUCUCUCCAAUCUCUGCAAAGAAGUUCUUCAGUGAGAUAUGGGAAAAGAAACCUGCACUUAUCCGGAGACACAACCCAGACUACUACAAAGGAUUGUUUUCCACAGCAGAGUUUGAUAGGAUUCUGAGAGAUAAUGAUGUUCAGUAUGGGGUGAAUCUAGACGUAACAAGCUACAGCAAUGGCGAGAGAGAGACGCAUAACCCGCCUGGAAGGGCACUGCCUUUUAAUGUUUGGGAUUUUUACAAGAAUGGCUGUUCCUUGCGGAUGCUGAACCCUCAGGCCUUUUCUGUCACAGUGUGGAAUGUCCUUUCCAUUCUUCAGGAACAGUUUGGAAGCAUGGCUGGUGCAAAUGUAUACCUGACUCCUGCUGACACUCAGGGGUUUGCACCUCACUAUGAUGACAUUGAAGCGUUUGUGGUUCAGUUGGAAGGGAAAAAGCACUGGCGAGUCUAUAACCCAAGAACAAAGGAAGAAGUUCUGCCCCAGGUUUCCAGUCCUAAUUUCAGUCAGGACGAGAUCGGAGAGCCAAUCUUGGAGGUUGUCUUGGAGGCUGGCGACCUACUGUAUUUUCCUAGAGGUUUUAUCCACCAAGGAGAUUGUCUGUCUGACACUCACUCUCUCCACAUUACUAUCUCCUCUUUCCAGAAGAACAGCUGGGGGGACCUGCUGGAUAAGCUUCUUCCUGCAGCCUUGCAGAUCGCUAUUGAGGAGGAUGUGGAAUUCAGACAGGGCUUGCCUUUAGAUUAUCUCAGUUAUAUGGGAGUACAGAAUUCUGAAAAGGAUGACCCGAGAAGAACAGACUUCACUGAGAAACUGCAAGGUUUGAUUAAAAAGCUGGCCAAGUUUGCACCUGUGGAUGCUGCAGUGGAUCAAAAAGCCAAAGAUUUCCUACAUGACUGCCUCCCCCCUGUGCUUACAGAAGAGGAAAAAGCAACUAGUGUUUUUGGCGUUCCAACGAGGUGGGAAGAUGGAGAUGCUAGAGAUGUGGCUGUGCAGAUAAAUGGAAAGACGAAAAUUCGACUCCUACGAAAAGGUGUUGCAAGACUGUGCAGUGAGGGAGAAGCUGUGAUCCUGUAUCACACAGUAGAAAAUUCCAGAGUCUACCACAAGGAGGAGCCAAAGUUUUUUGAAGUAGAUCCCGAGCAUACAGAUAGUGUUGAGUUCCUGAUCCAUUCUUAUCCCACAUAUGUGACUGUGGAGAGCCUUCCUUGUGAAAUACCGGAUGACAAGAUUUCCAUAGCUGAGCUCUUAUUUGAAAAAGGCCUUCUUCUCACUAAGAACCCCCUGCCCUCCUCUUGAGUGAAUACCUUUAAAAAAACAAUGUGGUAUGAUUUGCUAGGAGAAUUUUUUUCAGUCAAAAUGUUACUAUUUCACUUGCCUAAAACGCUUAUCUUGGUUUAAACAUGGCCACGUGGUGGUGUAUACAGUUACAUUGUCUUGCUGUCCUACUGACUUUCUGAAGUGUUCAUAAUAAGUAUGAUUACUGGAUGUAAAGCGAUAGACACAAAUGUACACCUGUAUUAAUAUUGUUUAUGCUUUUAUAAAAUCCAAAGUAACCUGGUCAGUUGAGUUCCCUUUUACUAUUAAAUACUCAUGAAAGGCCCAGUCCAAUGCGGUUCAUUUGCAGUGGAAUAAAAUACCUCAAUGAUCAAAAAUGUAUUCUUACAAUAAAAGAUUUGAUUUACUGUC